AUGAUAAAAGUCUGUCUUGGUUACACAUCGCAAAGCAGUUUAAAUCCACAACCAGAUUUCCCAUUGUUGCAGCAACCGGGAUCGGAAUAUUCGGAACUUGAAUCAGACUCAUCUCCAGAACCACUUCCGGAUCCAGAUCCAGAACCGGAUCCACUCUCCGAUCUUCUCUUCCUGCUAGCAGCAUCAUCUUCAUCUCCACUUCCGGACCCAGAACCGGAUCCACUCUCCGAUCUUCUCUUCCUGCUAGCAGCAUCAUCUUCAUCUCCACUUCCAGAUCCCGAACCGGAUCCGGAUCCACUCUCCGAUCUUCUCUUCCUGCUAGCAGCAUCAUCUUCAUCUCCACUUCCAGAUCCCGAACCGGAUCCACUCUCCGAUCUUCUUUUCCUGCUAGCAGCAUCAUCUUCAUCUCCACUUCCAGAUCCCGAACCGGAUCCACUCUCCGAUCUUCUCUUUCUGCUAGCAGCAUCAUUUUCAUCUCCACUUCCAGAUCCCGAACCGGAUCCGGAUCCACUCUCCGAUCUUCUCUUUCUGCUAGCAGCAUCAUCUUCAUCUCCACUUCCAGAUCCCGAACCGGAUCCACUCUCCGAUCUUCUCUUUCUGCUAGCAGCAUCAUCUUCAUCUCCACUUCCAGAUCCCGAACCGGAUCCACUCUCCGAUCUUCUCUUCCUGCUAGCCGCAUCCGCUCCCAGAUUCUGUUUCGUUGUGAUGGGCGCUACAAUAACAAGUACAGUAAAAACUUGUCUUCACAAUCUGCAUCUUGUUCUCCAUCACAGCAACAAUGGUGUUCGUGAUCGUCAUGGUCUUCCUCUUCUUCCUCAGAGGAAUGAAAACUAAAUUGAUUGCAAUCUCCAUCCCCGCUACCGGAGCCAGAGUGGUCUUCUGAUCUUCUUUUUCUGCUCACCCCAUCGCCACUUCCAGAUCCUGAUCCGCUCUCUUCCUCUUCAGAGGAUCGCUUGUUCCUCAGGCUCGCUGCCUGUGAUGUUAUCU